AUGGCUACCGUCAACAUUCCCAGGGAGGUCAAGGAUCCCUUUUACCGUUACAAGAUGGAACGCCUUCAGUCCAAGAUUGAGGGCAAGGGUAACGGCAUCAAGACCGUCGUCGUCAACCUGAGCAGCGUCGCCGGCUCGCUCAGCCGUCCCCCAUCUUACGUCAUCAAGUACUUUGGAUUCGAAUUGGGUGCCCAGACAACCACAAAUCCUUCUGACGACAGAUGGAUCAUUAAUGGUGCCCAUGACGCCGCGAAACUCCAGGACUACCUUGACGGUUUCAUUAGCAGGUUCGUCCUGUGCAAGAAGUGCAGAAACCCUGAAACGGACGUGGUCAUCAAGGAUGGCUACAUUCUGCUCGACUGCAAGGCUUGUGGCGAACGCUCCGAGGUCGACCUUCGGCUGAAGCUCAGCUCGUUUAUCCUCAAGAACCAGCCUUCCAAGAAGGGAAAGAAGACCAAGGCUGACAAGAAGGCUCGCCGAGCCGAGAAGCGUGGCGAGAAUGGCGACGCCGAGGAGAAUGGCCGCAACAGCCCUGGUGACAGCAACAACUCGGACAAUGCCGAGGAGGAUGGCGACGGCGAGGUCGAAGCCGGAAGCGACGAUGAGCUCACUCGCCGCAUCAAUGCUGAGGCCAAGGAGAUUGAAGCCCAAAAGGAAAUCAAAGAUGACGAGUGGGCGGUUGACGUGUCGGCCGAGGCCGUCAAGGCUCGUGCCAAGGAGUUGCCCACCGACCUCAAGCGUGCUCUUGUCUUUGACGACGCUGCUGGCGAAGACGCCGAGGGCGAGAAUGGCGGCAGUGCCUAUGACGAGCUUGGCAGCUGGAUUCUCAGCGAGGCCGAGGCCAAGGGCAGCGUCGACAAGGUCAGCGAUGUUGACGUCUAUGUCAAGGCCAAGGAGCUCGGCAUCGAGUCCAAGCACCGUACCCUGGCCGUCUUGGCGCAAACCCUCUUCAACGACAACAUCAUCAAGCAGAUUCCCAAGCGCGCUGGUAUGCUCAAGAAGAUGAUUUCCUCUGAGAAGCACGAGAAGGCCUUCCUCGGCGGUACUGAGCGUUACGUUGGAAAGGAGAAUGCCAAGCUCAUUCCUCAGGUCUCUGCCAUCCUGAUGGUGUACUACCAAGAGGAUCUCAUCUCCGAGGAUGUGAUCAAGGCGUGGGGCUCCAAGGCGAGCAAGAAAUACGUCGACAUCGCCACGAGCAAGAAGGUUCGCAAGUCGUCCGAGAAGUUCCUCGAAUGGCUUGAGAACGCCGAGAGUGACGAAGAAUCCGACGACGACGAGGAGAGCGACGACGAGUAG